UGAAUUGGGUAUCAAAUGGGGCAUUCAACUUGGAAGUAUCAAGUCUUUUUUUUGUUCAGUUUGAUCUUGCAUUCGCAACUUCCCUUUCCAUCGUCUCUCUCUUCUUCCUUGGCUUCAAUGCCACCAUGCUCUGCUCUACUCCAUUUUAAUAAGUCUUUUUCUCUUGUCAAAGGUGCUUCUGGCUAUGAUCCCUCUUAUCCCAAAACAGCCAGUUGGCAGGAGGAUAAGCACUGUUGCAGUUGGGAUGGGGUCGAGUGUGACAAAAACAAAAGCCAUGUGGUUGGCCUGGACCUUACUUCCAGCUGGCUUUUUGGCCACUUUCUUUCCAACAGUACCCUGUUUUUUCUUCCCAAUCUCAGGAGGUUGAACCUCGCUGACAAUAACUUCAAUGGCUCCCUAAUUCCUUCUGAGUUUGGCAACUUUAAGAGUUUGACUUAUCUCAACCUUUCUUUUUCCGUAUUUUCUGGCCAAAUCCCAUUUGAAAUCUCUCAGUUAUCUUCAUUGGUUUCACUUGAUCUUUCUGAGAAUGGGCUAUUAAUCGAAGCUCCAGUAUGGAAAAGAGUCAUUGGUAACCUAACUCAGUUACGGGAACUUCUUCUGGAUGGGACAAAUAUGUCCUCAAUUAGACCUAAUUCUUUGAUGAAUCUAUCCUCCUCUUUGACAACUCUUAGUCUCCGUGAGUGUGACUUGCGGGGAAAACUCGAAAAUAACAUCCUCUGUUUUCCCAGUGUACAAACCCUUGAUCUAGGGUUUAAUUCGAACCUUAAAUGUUCUUUUCUAAAGUCUAAUUGGAGUUGUACUUCCCUGAAGUUCUUAGGUCUCUCUGGGAGUAUGUUUACAAUAGAAUUCUUUAAUUCUAUCUGCAAUUUGAAGUCCUUGAAGCAUUUGGAACUCUCUUCGUCAAAAUUUUCAAGAGAAUUACCUAGUUCUAUCGGUAAUUUGAAGUCCUUGGAGCGUUUGGAUCUCUCUUCGACAAACUUUUCAGGAGAAUUUCCUAGCUUUAUCGGCAAUCUAAAGUCCUUGGAGUAUUUGGAUCUCUCUUCGACAAGCUUUUCAGGAGAAUUACCUAGCUUUAUCGGCAAUUUGAAGUCCUUGGAGCAUUUGGAUCUCUCUUCGUCAAGCCUUUCAGGAGAAUUACCUAGUUUUAUUGGCAAUCUGAAGUUCUUGAAGCAUUUGUCUCUCCGUGAUUGCAAUAUUACGGGUUCAAUUCCAACAUGGUUUGGGAACCUUACAAAACUUACCUAUUUGGAUCUGUCAGAAAAUAGUUUUAACGGUCUGUUGCCGUCAUCACUAUUCAACUUACUGAAUCUCUCAACUUUAGACCUUCAGUACAAUCUACUUGUUGGUCCCCUUCCUAAUCACGUAAGUGGUUUGAAUCUAGUUGAUCUCUAUUUAAGUUCAAAUUUCCUAAAUGGAACACUGCCAUCUUGGUUGUUCAGUAUGCCAUCUUUGGAGACUUUGUAUCUUAAUCGUAAUCAGUUUGUUGGUGAGAUUGGUGAAUUCAAGUACAAUUCGUUGAAGUAUCUUGAUUUGGGUUAUAAUAAGCUACAUGGCUCUAUACCUAGGUCAGUAUCUAGACUUGUGAACCUUACUAGCCUAUCUCUCUCAUCAAAUAACUUGAGUAUUAUGUUGGGGUCUAAAAUGUUUUCAAAGCUCAAAAAUCUUGAGACUCUUGAUUUGUCAAAUAACUCAGUUAGCAUCAAUAAUAAUACUGCCUAUGCCCUGCCCAAUCUUCAAAAUUUGAACUUGGCUUACUCCAAUAUCAGUGAAUUCCCAAUUUUCUUAAGACUGACAACAGAUUUAGGAUACUUAGACCUUUCCAAUAACCGAAUUUAUGGUCGAGUUCCAAGAUGGUUGGGGGAUGUGGGGAAUAAUUCAUUAUAUUAUGUUGAUCUUCGUAACAACUUGCUACAAGGACCAUUUCCCAUUCUAAAUUCUUCCAAUCUGCAAAUUAUCUUUUUCUCCAAUAACAAUUUAAUUGGAGAAAUCCCAUCUUUUUUUUGCGAUGCAAUUUACCUUCAAGUUGUAGACCUGUCUCAUAACAACUUAAGUGGCAUGAUUCCUAAGUGUUUGGUAAACUCUACUGCCCUCUCAGUGUUGGAUUUGCGAAUGAAUAGCCUUCAUGGUACCAUCCCUGCAACAUUUGCCAAAGGAAAUCAUUUUAGGAAUAUUAACCUUAAUGGCAAUCAAUUGGAAGGGCCAUUGCCGCAAUCUUUGGUAAAUUGUACAGAUUUGGAAGUUCUAGACCUAGGAAACAAUAAGAUAAAUGGAGCCUUCCCUUAUUGGUUGGGAAGUCUUCAGAAAUUGCAGGUUCUUGUCAUAAGAUCAAACAGAUUUCAAGGUCAUAUAGGCAAUCCUAAAACCAAAUUUUCUUUCCCAAAUUUGAGAAUCAUAGACAUCUCUAACAAUCAGUUUAAUGGUCCUUUGCCAAUAAAAUAUUUCGAAUAUUUUAAAGCCAUGAUGUAUGUGAAUGAAAGUGUGGCUGCAUUGAAAUAUAUGGGAGAAAAUUAUUAUCAAGAUUCAUUGAAUAUCAUGAUCAAAGGGCAAUAUAUUGAGAUGGAGAGAGUCCUGAACAUCUUAACAAGCAUUGAUUUUUCAAACAAUAGUUUCACAGGAGAGAUGCCAAAGAUAAUUGGAAGGCUUAAAUCACUCAAGGGGCUCAACUUUUCUCACAAUAACCUUAUAGGUUAUAUUCCAUCAUCAAUUGGAAAUUUGACCAAUCUUGAAUGGUUAGACCUCUCUUUCAACAAGCUCGGUGGGGAGAUUCCUAGUCAAUUGGUAGAUCUAACGUCACUUGCAGUCUUAAAUCUAUCACAUAACCAACUCACAGGACACAUACCUUCAGGAAAUCAAUUCAAUACAUUCAACAAUGAUUCAUACACCGAUAACUUGGGAUUGUGUGGGUUUCCAUUGUCAAAAACAUGUGACAACCACGAGGCAAAGCAACCACCACCACCUACCUUACAUCAAGAUGAAAAUUUAGAGCAUGAAAAUGGGUUUGGUUGGCAAGCUGUAUCCAUAGGUUACGCAUGUGGAACAAUAUUCGGAAUGUUUAUGGGAUAUCUUAUGUUUAAAAUUGGAAAACCAAAGUGUCUUGUGAGGAUGGUCAAAUUAGAGCAGCAUAUCAUGCUCAGAAGAUUGAAGAAGAAUGCCCACAAAUGUGGUGGAAGAAGAUGACUGUUUCUAUGAUGCCAUGGAUAGUAUGCGGCAAAUGGGGCUUGAAUACUUGUAUGCUAUUUAAGAAGACAUAAUAUGGUUAUGAUGAUGGCUAUUGUUUCUAGUCUUCUGCAAAAUGGAGCAUUCUAGUGUCUUGAUGUAGUCACAACUGUUGGUUUGUUCACAAGGAUCAUCCCUUUGUUGUAUUUCUAUUUGCUAUGUAGGUUUAUCAUUUUUUUUAAAGGAUAGGUGGACUUAGUCCGUUGGCCUAUUUUGAGGUGACACUGUUGUGCUUGUAUUUUUUGUGCACACAAAGGGUUCCUCCAUCUGGUGUAGUUCCCUUUAAGGCUCUGUGUACUCUAGUUUGUAUUUAAUAAAAUUGAUUGAUUCAUCAAAAAAAUUUGUACAUAUCGUAACCAAUGAUUGGUUUAAAAUAUCAAGCUUGUGUAAUGUUAAUUUUGCAUGUGAAUAUUAACCCUACCAGUAAUACUCAUUAAGUUACUUAAUCAGUUUAGACAAUUUCAUUUUUUUGUUAUUUAUAAUUUUAGACGAUUCUAUGUUAGCUUGUGAGACUAUACUACUUUGUAUGAAUGUCUUUUUUUAUUUAUGCAUAAAUUACUGUUCAAUAAAUGCCAGUUAAUUUUUUUAUUUUUUUUAAUCAAUGUUUACUAGGCUAUGGUGGAAUACCUUUAGCACUGGUAAUUAUAGACUAAGGCCCUUAGCCUUUAGUGCUCGCCUGCCUAGAGAUUUCCUUUUGCUCUCUUGAGGAGAAAAACAAGUGAGGAUUCCAGUGGAUCCGACUUAGCCUUGGGUAGGCCAUAUAUGCGUUUUGUUUUAACCUUUGUAAAUGAUGGGUUUCAUUUGGGUUCAAGUUCAAUGGAACAUGACUUUGUAAAUUAUGACUCCAAAUUCAAUUUCUUUCCACCAUCAAAGAAAAAAAAGGACAUUUUGAUUGAACUUUAAAGAAAUAGGCCUCAAUCAAAAAAUUACAUUGAGGUUGUUUACUCAUUUAUUGUUUCCAUCCAUUUUCUUUAUCAUUUGAUGCCUUUUGUCACUUUCUUCUCCCUCUCUCUCUCUCUCUCAAAAUUAAGAGGCUCAUCCAUAGUUGGAUUAUUAACAUAGACUUUUCAAUUACUCAAAGUAUUUAUUUUGUGUUAAUUGAUUUUUAUUUUUCUAAUGCAGUUAAUUGUGAUAGUUGGUGUUGGAGUUAGUAUUAGGCCCAAAAUUUCCCCCACCUUGGAUGGGAGG